GGGACUCGCAGCCGCCCAGGGCUUAGGGCGCGCGGCGGGGCCUGGCCGGGCAGGGAGGAGGAGCGGCGGCGGCGGCGGCGGGGUUCGCGCAGCUCCAGCGGCUCCAGUUUCGGCGGCUGCAGCAGCACCGGCAGCGGCACCUCCGGCGGGGCUAUGAAGGUGAAGAAGGGCAGCGGCGCAGCGGCCAACGGGGCAGCCGGAGCGGGCGCAGCCGCCGCCACUGUCGGCCUGUGCAGCGAGGACGAGCUGCUGCGCAAGGCGGCCAUCAGCCCGGAGGACGUGCUGGGGCUGGGCAAGAUCACCUCGGAUUACCUGUGCAGCCCGGAGGAGAAUGUUUACAAGAUCGAUUUCACCCGGUUUAAGAUCCGGGAUAUGGAAUCCGGCACAGUCCUUUUUGAGAUCACCAAGCCCCCCGCUUCAGAACGUGAGCGCAACGAAAAGAAAGAGGGCGACCCCAACGCCGGACGAUUUGUGCGGUACCAGUUCACCCCGGCAUUUCUACGGUUGAGGCAGGUGGGAGCCACGGUGGAGUUCACCGUGGGGGAGAAGCCCAUCAGCAACUUCCGCAUGAUCGAGAGGCACUAUUUCCGUGACCAGCUGCUCAAGAGUUUCGACUUCCAGUUCGGCUUCUGCAUCCCCACCAGCAAGAACUCCUGCGAGCACAUCUAUGAGUUCCCGCAGCUCUCGGAGGACCUCAUCCAGGAGAUGAUCCUUCACCCCUACGAGACUCAGUCGGACAGUUUCUACUUUGUGGACAACAAGCUGGUGAUGCACAACAAGGCCGACUACUCCUACAGCGGGGGGCCCUGACCCCCCCCUUCCCCUCCCCGAUGGUGGUCCGGGAGCCUCAAGGGGGGCAGCCGGAUUGGACUCUGGAUGGAACCGGCCUCUGAGACUGACUAGCUGAAGCUUUCCCUCCCCCCUGGUGCCCCCCCAGACUUUGGAGGCAGUGCCCCUCACCCCCUGCCUUGUGGGGGGGGGAGACGGUGACCCUCACCCUCCGUAGCUGCUGGGCACUGAGGCUCUCCCAGUAGCUCCUUGUCUCCCUAUUGUUGGGGAAGGAAUCGUUUUGGUAGGGAUUCUACUCCCCCCUCCCCCACCCAAGAAGAUCAGCCGGAAUUGUGGGAACUCCAGAGUGACACAGCCCCCCCCCCUCGUUCCCAGCUCCAAACGCCCUUUGGAGUGGGCAAAGACCCCAGACCCAUUUCUUUUGCUUGCCAUUUUCGGCUCAGUCCUUCUCCAGGGGGGACCAAGGGCCAGGUGGGGGCAGCCGAAGACUCUGUUGAGAGGGUCUCUCCUGGUGGGCCCCCUUUGCCGUCUCGGUGGGAAAAGGGGAGGGGGCUUCUGCUGCUGCAAAAGGGCUCAUGAAACCAUGUUUGAUGUGGUGGUGGGUGAAUAGAAGACGUGCUUUCUCCAACCCUUGUCAUUGGACGUUUCCUCCCCCGAAAUCUCUGGGGACCCCCAAAAUACCUGGCCUUGCUCUGUGGUCCUCUGUCUUCAGAAAGGAGCAAGUUCUGCCCCCUCUCAUUCCUGGGGGGGCCCUGGGGUGUCUGCCUUUCUUUAGAGAAAGAGGCAUGGUUCACCUCCCUAAGCUAAGCCCCUCUUGCCUUGCAUCUGGGGAAGGGUCUUCUGAAGUGGGCGGGGGGAACAGCUCUUCACUGCCCCUGCCCCCUUCACUGGGCAGGUUGGGGGGUGCUUUAGUUUAUGCCCUGCUGUGUGUUGCAUUCGGAGUGUGAUUGUUCUGGAGUGUGUUGUGAUGGGUAUUUGCUGGGUGUGAUUUAAGUCCAUUUGGCGGGCACCGCAAUGCGGUCAAGCACAACAGGCGUAAAAACCAUGCCCAAGUUCAAUCACGCCAUCCAAGUGUGACUGUCUCCAUCCCCUGCAGACACCCGUGAUCGACACUUGUGGUUGUGUCACAUCCGACACAAUCUGCAUGUGCGCAUCUCCCGUAAAAGCUGAGCUUGGUUCUUAGACAGAGGCAACCUGUGAAUUUGGGGGGGGGGGUGCGAGAAGGGGAAGGGCCCCUUGGGGCGGGUGGCACAAGCUGAGAAGCUGCCACUUUCUUCUGUGUGUGUGGGGGGCACUGAGAAACCCCCAGUUGGGCAAAGGAAGCCCCCCCCCCCAAAGGUCAGGUAGCCUCUUGCAAGGGGAGCUUGUCAAUACGUGGGAGAUGCUGGGUCUGACGCCUGUGGGGUUAAAGGUACAGCCUGGCUGUGGGUCAACUGGAACUUUUAGAAAUGUCCAUGAAGAUUCUUCAUCAUCCAGGCAGAGGUGACCAAAACCUAUGAAGAACGGCUGCAGGAUUUGGGCUUGGCCCUUCUAGAGAAAAGGAGGACGACAGGUGAUACGGUAGCAGUCUUCCAGUGUUUGAGGGGCUGCCAGAAAGAGGAGGGGGCCCACUUAUUCUCCAAAGCCCCUGAAGGCAGGACAAGAAGCCAUGGAUGGAAACUGAGGAAGGAGAGAAGCAACCUGGAACUAAUUUCCUGACAAUUACAAUUAAUCGGUGCAACGGUUUCCCUUCAGAGGUUAUGGCUGCUCCGUCACUGGAGGCCUUUAAGAAGAGACCGGACAGCCACCUGUCUGAAAUGGUCGAGGGCGGGGUGUGUGUGUGUGUGUUAAACUCACGUCGUCAUGGUGGUGUUACAUGACGUAUGGCGAUUUCCCCCCCUUCACUAAACCGGGGGUGGGUUUGGCCAGUUUAUGGUGCAUCCCCGGGCCGUGAGUUUGACAGCCCUGCUCUAGAAUCUCUUGCUUGAGCAGUGGGGUUGGACUACAAGACCUCCAAGGUCCCUUCCAACUCUAGGAUUCUGCAAGGGAGGAAGGAAGGGAGGAAGGAAGGGCAACAGAUGGAAACUAACCAAGGAGAGAAGCAACCUGGAAUUAAGAAGGAACUUCCUAACAGUGAGGACAGUUAACUGGUGGAACAGCUGGCCACCAGGAGUUAUGGCUGCUCCAUCGCUGGAGGCUUUUAAGAAGAGACUGGACAGUCUCUUAUCUGAGAUGGUCUAGGCUCUCAUGCUUGAGGAGGAGGCUGGACUAGAAGACCUCCAAGGUCCCUUCCAGCUCUAUUCUGAUUCUGAAUCAAAAUCCCAUGAAGAUGUAUGAAGGUUGCCUGAAGGCUGAAACGUUGCAACUCAACUGAUUUUUAGACCUUCCAACAGCCUUCAGAGGUUUUUGCCUGGAUGACUGAGAGUCUUCAGGGGCAUUUUGCAGUGAGUUUGGGGGAAGGACCCCCAGAGGUUGCUGUGGCAGGAGCUGGUCCACUCUUAACAACUCUCUGGCUACCCGCCUUGCUCUGACUGGAUGGGCAGCAAAACGUCUCUGAAAAGAUGCCAAAGGGGCUUUUUUUCCAAGAGGCAACUGGACUUUCUGGUUUUCCUUUGAAGAUGUUUCCCUUCUCACCCAAGAAGCUUCUUCAGUCUGACUGGAUGUGGGGUGGGGGGGAAGGGAAGGAUUUCUACUCCUUGCAGACAGCUGGUUAUUUGCAUCCUUUUUAGAGGGUCCUUGAGGCCACUUGGAGAUUGUCUGUGUCCUCAGGGUCACCUGAGGGCUGCAACUCUCUGCAACUAAAAGUUAGUCCAGUUGCAAUGAUUCAGUCUUCAGACAGUUUCAGGCAACCUUCAGAUGCCUUUGGAGACAGGCUCAGCAUUCCUCUCCACUGGGCAGCAGCCUUGGGCUGCAGGAAGCCCAAAGUGCCCCUGAGGGCGGGGGGGGGGCAGGGGGACUCUGUGCCACCAAGUUCUGGAAGUUGCCAUCCUCCGCGCCCCCCCCCCCGGGAGCUGAUGUGCUUUGGCUGUAAAAGCAGAGACUGAAGGGAUAGAUAAGGGGAAAAAGGAGCUUUUUACUGGUUGUGUCCUGCUUCGAAAGUUUAGCCAGCAUUAUCAGAUUGAGACUGAAAUUGUAAAUCUCUCUGUUUUAUUCUGAAUAGGAUAGAAUCUGGAGUGUCCCCAAAAACGCGGCACACAAAAUGAUGCAAGCAGGAAUCCUUUCCUUGCAGCUCAUUUUGCUCUUUGACUGCCCCCACAGCCCCCCCCCCAAUCAGGGAAAACGGAUCAACACACCCCCCUCCUCAAUUUCUCUCUGGCUGUUGCUAGGACCUGUCUCUGCUUCUGCCCAGCUCCAGGAUCAGUUGGUGCACUGCAACUCUGGAGUUGUGGUGGGGGGGCUCAUUCCCAGGAAAGGCAAAUGGGCAGGAAUGGUUGGGAGGGGGAGAUUAUUCAGCCAGGAAGACUGCGGGGUGCUUGGUGUUCUCUGAGCUUGGUGGUUUUCUUGCAGGCAUUUCAUUACCCAACUAGGUAACACUAUCAGUGCUAGAAAGGACUGGAGUUUGUAGAGAGGAGGAGAAGGAGGAGGAAACGACUGUAGGGUCCUGGGUGCUCUCUGAGCUUGGUGUUUUCUUGCAGAUGUUUCAUAACCCAACUAAGUAAUGCCAUCAGUGCUAGGAGGGAAGGAAGGAAGGAAGGAAGGAAGGAAGGAAGGAAGGAAGGAAGGAAGGAAGGAAGGAAAGAAAGGGUGGAUUUGGGAGGUUUUUAAGAAGAGAUUGGUCUUUCACUUGUCUGAACUGGCGUGGGGUCUCCUGCUUUAGCAAGUGGUGGGACUUGAAAACCUUCAAGGUUCUUUCCAAAGUUGUUAAUGAGGGAGGGAAGAAGGAAGAAAGGAAGGAAAAGGAAAAGAAAAAAAAAGAUUCCUUCCACUCCUCACUUUCUGUCGCUGUGCUGCCGAUGGUGGCUUGCAAAAACCCGGUUUAUUUUUGCCAUGCUUGUUUCCUGGAGAGGUGGCUGAGCAGGUAGCCCAAUUCUUUAUCCCAGGCUGAGCUGGGAGGAAUUUACGGCCGUUACAUUUCGUUCCCUUCUCUCGGACAGCUAAGAGGCUCAGGCAGGGAGGGACUAAAAAUAGCCAUCUUGGGCCGCUUGCGGUUGUGGGUCACCCAGGCAGGUGCCAGGCACGGCCUUGCCAAUCCCAGCUCGCCAGAUCCCUCGCCGGUCCGAGAGCCUCACUUGCCAGUUUAUUAAAAACAACCUUCCGAGAGAGAGAGAGAUGGAAGUGCCAAGUCAUUCAAAGACAUCACCUUAUUCUGUACCCUAAGAGGGCUUGGAAACCAACCAGAAUGGAAGUGAAUAGAAAACAGCCCGUGGGAGAACUGGGAGCCUCAGUCUGGGUGGCAUUGAAGGCGGGCAAGGAGGCUUGGUCUUUGGUUCUCUGAAGACAAGGAGGGAACCAUCCAUUUGGUCCAGCCUGUCCUGCCCAGUUGACCGUCGGAUGGUGCUGAUGCCCAAGGGGUGGUGGUCCAAGAGCCAGGUGGACCCUGGGUGGCCACCGGCUGUCCAGCUGGCUUCCUCCUAGUCCGAGGACCUCUUGUUUCCCUAUUUCAGACAUUUGCUGCCUGGCGUUGAGGUGUUGAGGUCCUGGCAUUGCUUAAGGGCUGGGACAGGCUUGGAUGAGAAAGCCAAUAUCCAUGGGAGGACUCCUAGCUGAGGGCUGUCUGGGGUGGGUUAACUUUGAGACCCUCCUUGCUGCUGUGUGAGGAUGUUCUCUCCCCCACCCCCCACGACCAGAUUCUGAGUCAGCAGAAGGUACAGAAAAGUGGAGUCGGAAGGGACCCUGGAGGUCUUCUAGUCCAACCCUCUGCUCAAGCAGGAGACCCUCUACCAUUCUGGACAAAUGGCUAUCCAAUCUCUUCUUGAAAACCUCCAGAGAUGGGGAAGGAAAGGAAGGAUAGCAGAAUAACAGAGUUGGAAGGGACCUUGGAGGUCUUCUAGUCCAACCCCCUGCUCAAGCCUCUACCAUUCUGGACAAAUGGCUGUCCAAUCUCAGUGAUAGAAUCAGUUGUGCUCUGGGUGAUUUAUUGUUGUGUGCACACAUUGGGUGGGAAUUGCUAUGUGUUGGUUGCAGAGGGUUUCGGACCGUCCAGUGGGAUGCUGAGGAGGGGGCCUUCAAGCAGAGGGCCACAGUGAUGCCCUGGAUUUAGGAGAGGCCUGUGGUCCCCCACUCUCAGCCCUGCUGGUCAGGUGGUCAUUGCUGGAUUCUGGGGUACCAGGAAGCCCCAUCUUGACCCCCUCUAAAGCAGACAACCUUCGCCAGCUGGAUGCACAGAUAAUCCAGUGAGGGAGGAUAAUUAAAUCAGGAUUAAAGUUGAUGGGCAGCCACCUUCCUUGCAGGGGGGGUGCAAGGUGUGAGAGCCAAAAAUACAACCAGGCCAGGCGUGCAAAACAACCUUGGCUGCCCUCCCCCUCCUGAGUAGCGGGGAGGGUUUUUCACCCCUCCCCAAAUGUGACCUGCAUGAACAAAGCAUCGCCUUGGAAGUUCAAGCAGGCAAAAUAAGAAAAGCAGCCGUCCAGUCUGUUUUUAGUCCCCUGUGGUAAACAUUUGUCCCAUUUGCACUGAUGAUGUUACCUAGUUGGGUCAUAAAACAUUUGCAAGAGACGAAAGAGCACCAAGGGCCCCCAAUUCACUCCUGAGCUAUGAAUAUUCUGCUAGCUAGACUGACUGAACUUGUUUUAUUGUGCCAGGGAGGAAACUCCCCCUUGUCUGGCUGUGCAUGUUGGACCUUUUUGCUCCUGGUGGUGUGGUUAAUGGGCCACAGCAGCCCGGCUGGAUGGGAGCAUCUUUAUUUGGAAACAGGAAUGGAGGGAGCCUCCGGUCUUUCAAAUCCAGGUCUCGCUCUUCGAGAAAGGCUGGAUGUUCCCCGGAGCAGAGGUCUCCUUUGUAGCCUGAAGGUCAUCGAAAAGAUGCCUGAAGGUCAUCGAAAGGAAGUGGGUAAUCGGGGGGGGGGCAUCUGCCAAGGGGGGCUGGCCCCAAGCCCAGAUCUUUGAGGCUGGAGAGAUCACAGAGAAAAUAGGCUAAAAAGAGAGAGCAGCUCUGCUGGCUGGGGAAUUCUGGGAGUUGCAGUCCACGCGUCUUCAAGUUCCCAAGGUUUAAAAGCAUUUCCAGCACGAGCACCCACAAAAAUCCCCCCACGCAUCUUUUAGCAGAUCCAAAUGAAAUUAAAAAUUAUUUUAAAAUUAUUUAUUUUAAAUAAAUAUUUUUCUCAAACUACAACCCUCCUGGGACUUUUGCCUCUUAAUCAGGGCUUCCACGGCCUGAAAAACAUCUAAAACCUAUCAUAGGUUGCCAUCUGUAUGGGAAUUUGAGCCCCCUCCUCAGCCUAGGACGCCCCCCUCCCCCCAAAAAAACCCUGAUGGUGCUUUAAAGCAGGGGUCUCCAACCUUGGUCCCUUUAAGACUUGUGGACUUCAACUCCCAGAGUUCCUCAGCCAGCUUCGCUGAAGUUGAAGUCCACAAGUCUUAAAGGGACCAAGGUUGGAGACCCCUGCUUUAAAGUCUGCCCCUCUGCAUAGUUAUUUAAAAGCACAACCGAGAUAAUACACGGAUCUCGUAUUUCCUCUCUCAGGACUGGACUCCGUUGCCUCCCUCCCUCCCUCUGCUCCCAGGUGAGGUGGGUUUUACUUGGGCGAAGACCAUUUUCUUACAGAAAAGAUUAAUAUACCGGUAUAUUUAAAGCUGUAAUAAAAAGAAGCAUGUCCACCGGGUAUCCUGUGCUUGGAGUUUGGUUUUAAAGAAGGAACCGGGUGGGUGCCCCCAUCAGCUGCUAUCCACCACUCCCCACAACCUCUGUGUUGGCUGUGGCUUAUGGGUCUGGAGUGAGACUUGGGUUUGGUUGGGCCAUGAGACCCCCUGGCUGCAUCCCAUCUUAAGAGGAGCUUAAUGAAUUUCAAGGCAAAUAGGAAAAGUUUAAGAAUGUUGGACAGAACAAUCUUUCCUUUGUUCCCUUUCUUUCUUCUUUCUUUCUUCUGUCCUUCCUUCCUUCCCUUCUUCUUCUUCUCCUCCUCCUUCCCUUUUCUUUCUUUCUCCUCCUCCUUCUCUCCUCCUCCUCCUCCCACCCCCCAACUUCAGAUGCCAAGGGAAGUACACAUUUCAGUAACACUAACAGAGUUGGGAGGGACCUUGGAGGACAUCUAGUCCAACCCGCUGCUCAAGCAGGAGACCUAUACUAGGGAUUUGAACCGCUGAACUGCCAACGUUUCUGAUCGACAAGCGCAGCGUCUUAGCCACCGAACCACCUAGGCAGGCUAUUUCUAACAGGUAGUACUUGGGGGAAAAAAGGAUGUAAGAUACGGCAGAGGUUCUGCCCAUCCUUACAUCUGCCCCCCCAAACAUCUGCCCCCUUCAAAUGGGGACACUCUACUGCUGACAGACCCCAAUCCUUUUGAUAGUGAAGGAGCCCCAAAACCUGUUCAUGAACC